AUGACAGAACAGCAGCAGGACCACCAGGAGCUGUCCACUGGACCACACAUCGUUCUCCCAGGGGACCUGCUUCCAGAAUCCGGGCUUAUGGAGGACGCAGCCUCAGCACAGGUCGUCAAGUUGGGUCCAGGGUUACUUAUGGAGGACGAUAACGUGACAGCGAUGAAGGCCGGAGUGUUGAAGCACUCUUCAGUAGGCAACCGGUGGUGGGUUGAAAGCAAUCAGCGUCGCUAUGUUGCAGCACAAGGAGAAUCAGUGGUAGGAAUCGUGACUGCAAAAUCAGCAGAGCAUUACAAGGUCGACAUUGGAGCUGCACAACAGGCCCUCCUGGGUGUCCUAGCAUUCGAAGGCGCCAGCAAACGCAACAAGCCUGAUAUCAAGAUUGGAGCGCUGGUGUACUGCAGGGUCUCGCUCGCGAACAAGGACAUGGAGGCAGAACUCGAGUGCUUCAACCCAACCACGGGUAAAGCCGACGGCUAUGGAGAACUGAAAUCUGGAUUUGUGAUCAAGACAUCACUGGGGCUCGCCCGCCGGUUAUUGGACCCCAAAACCCUGGUUCUCAGACUGUUGGGUCAACAUAUCCCCUUCGAGACCGCCAUCGGCAUGAACGGCAAGAUCUGGAUCAACUCUGCAAGCCCCAAACAUACCAUUUUGGUCUGCAAUGCUAUCAAGAACUCGGAGUUUUUGAGUUCACAGGAAUGUACGACCAUGGUCAAGAAAAUGGUCGAGAAGAUGUGA